UUGAAUUCUGAGACUAUGAAGGAUUACGAUGACGCCACAUCGUUCCUGGGUCUGUGGGGACGUUUCCAGCAAAUAGUUUUCUUCUUACUCUCUGCCAGCAUCUUUCCCAACGGAUUUGGUGCGUUCUCUCUUGUCUUUGUGACUGACACUCCCAGUCACCACUGCCUGGUUCCUGAGGUUAACCUGACCCAACAUUGGCACAAUGUCAUCAUCCCGAAAGAGGUAGUGAAUGGAAAACAGGAGCUGAGCAGGUGCAGCAGGUACAGGCUGGAUGUGGUCAGAAAUCUCUCGGCUCAGGGAUUCAUUCCAGGCAGAGAUGUCAACCUCACCGACCUGGAGCAGGAGGGCUGUGUGGACGGGUGGAGCUACAGCACCAACAUCUACCGAUCUACCAUAGUCUCGGAGUUUGACCUGGUGUGCAGUGAACAGUGGAAGCAGCCGCUCACCUCCACAGUUUACUUCCUGGGAGUUCUUUUUGGAUCCUUCUUCUCAGGGCAGCUCUCAGACAGGUUUGGGAGAAAGCCUGUUCUCUUUUUAACCAUGGCAGUUCAGACAAUUUUUACCUUUGCUGAAAUCUUUUCACCUUCUUGGACGGUGUUCGCCAUCCUUCUCUUCAUCAGUGGUUUGGGACAGAUCUCCAACUAUGUAGCUGCUUUUGUGCUGGGCACUGAAAUCUUGACUGGAGAUGUGCGGGUCCUGUUCUCAUCUAUGGGUGUAUGUCUGGGCUUUGCUUUUGGCUACAUGAUGCUGCCUCUCUUUGCUUACUUUUUAAGAGACUGGAAAUCUCUCCUGUUGGCUCUGUCUGUGCCUGGCCUGCUCUAUCUCCCCCUCUGGUGGUUCAUCCCGGAAUCUCCUCGGUGGCUACUCUCUCAGGGAAGAGCGGAGGAGGCCGAGGCCAUAGUGAGAAAGGCUGCAAACAAGAACAAAGUCGAGGCUCCGCAGGUCAUCUUUGAAGAUUACAGUGUACCUGCUGAUGAGACAAAGAAACACCCAAAGGAACACUACAAUGUCUUCAGCCUGCUGAGGACAAGAAACAUCCGAAACACAACUUUUACUCUGUGCCUGGUGUGGUUCACUCUGAGUACUGGAUACUUUGCCCUGUCCCUGAACACAUCCCGACUUCAUGCUGACCCCUAUAUCAGCUGCUUCAUCUCAGCAGCUGUAGAGGUACCAGCAUACAUUUCUAGCUGGCUGGCGCUGCGAUACCUUCCACGACGACUGUCUGUCAUCUGUAUCUUGCUUGUGGCAGGAGUGUCACUGUACUUCAUUCAACUGGUGCCUCAAAGUUUAUCAAGUCUGUCUGUUGCUCUGGAGAUGCUGGGUAAAUUUGGUAUCACCACCGGUACAGCCCUGAUGUUUGCCUACACUGCAGAGCUUUACCCAACAGUACUCAGGAACACAGCAACAGGCACAUGCACUACUGUUUCCAGAGUUGGCAGCUGCAUUGCACCUUUUUUGUUACAGCUGAGUAUAUACUUUAAGUACCUGCCUUAUCUUACAAUGGGGACUCUGGCUGUUGUAUCUGUCUUUUCUACUCUCUUCAUUCCAGAGACUUUUGGACGACCUCUACCUGAAACUAUACAACAGAUGCAUAAGAGAGAAAGCAUAAAGUGCCCCUUCAUCACUAGAAAAGAACAUUCAAAAGACGUGGUGCUUGUUGAAAGUCAGCUCUGAUUGUGCAAAACGUUAUUAUUCCUGCUGUUUACUGUUCUUACUAUUCAACAUUUCUUCCAAUACAUUUCAAUCACAUUAAUGACAUUACAUGACCUUUUUUUAAAAAGUGAAAGAAGUAAAGCUUGACUUAUAGAUAUAUACUUUAAUGUAAGACCAUUUUGUAGUAAAUUAAAUUGCACUCUUCUUCUGUUAUUGAAUCACAAUGAUGCAUGCAAAAUAUUCACUAGAAACUGAAAUAUGAAAUAUGCAAGUGUUGAAUGUAAUGCUGAAAGUGUAGUUGUACC